ACGUGAUCCGCUAAGUUGCCCUCGUGAUGCCUUCGCCGGCUCUUCCCGUAGCUCGUAAUUACCAACACCCAAAUCCUAAAAUGCUACUUUUAUCUGUUUUAAGAGCUUUGUGUGUUAUAUUGAAGUCUAUUAAAAUAAUAAAUAGAUAUAUUUUGGUUCCAGUUGAAGUAGCUAAGUCUAUACAUUACCGUUGCCAGAACUAUGGUGAUGGACUACAAACACUAACCGGAAGUAGUUACAAGUGGUGUUUUCUGUGCAGGACAGGAGAGAUGAGACUUCCUCUUCGCUCCUUCUGCACCUUCAGGAGCUUAUACUCUCAAACGCAAACAACAAACGUACACAGGCGACGUUUGAGUGGUGUAGCGAUGCGUCUGGUGCAAUUUCAUCGCCAUGGUGAUGGCAGGGGCAUCCGAGUGGGAGUGGAGCAAGGUGAGGGGCUUGGUGUAGUGGAUCUGAAGGAGUUUGACCCCUCCAUGCCCUCGACAAUGAGAGAGCUGCUGGAGCUGGGAGACAAGGGUCUGGAGUGUGCACAGAGAGCCUUGUCGUCUGGUCAGUGUGUGUUGGAGCGAUCACAAAUCCAACUUCUGUCUCCUGUGUUGGCCCCGGAGAAGGUAGUGUGUGUGGGUAUGAACUACCAGGACCACUGCCUGGAGCAGAAUGCCCCGAUCCCCAAAGAACCAAUCAUCUUCAGCAAAUUCGCCAGCGCCAUCACCGGGCCGUAUGAUGACAUCAUUCUGCCCUCAGAGAGCCAGGAGGUCGACUGGGAGGUGGAGCUGGCCUUUGUGAUUGGACGAAGAGGAAAACACAUCCAGGAGAAAGAUGCGCUCUCGUACGUGGCCGGGUUCACUGUGGCCAAUGACGUCAGUGCACGUGACUGGCAGAUGAAGCGCAAUGGGAAGCAGUGGCUGCUGGGAAAAACGUUUGACAGCUUCUGUCCUCUAGGCCCUGCAUUAGUAACCACAGACUCAGUGAAAGAUCCUCACAACCUGGGCGUCCGCUGUCUGGUUAAUGGAGACACAGUCCAGAGCAGCAACACCGAUCAGAUGAUCUUCAAGACAGAGGCACUGGUCGCCUGGGUCUCAAAGUUUGUGACACUGUCUCCAGGAGACAUCUUCCUGACAGGCACUCCUCCAGGUGUGGGUGUGUUCAGAAAGCCACCUGUCUUUCUCAAGAGAGGAGAUGUGGUGGAGUGCCAGAUAGACCAACUGGGCUCUAUAAUCAACAAAGUGGUCUAAUCCCUGAGAGCUUCUGAAAAUAUUCAUUAAUAAUCAACAAAGUAAUCUCAACUGUUAAACAAACUGAACGCCUGAUCGACUGCUGCACACAAUUAAUUACUAUUGAUUGACUUGAUUGAUUUAUUUCUAAUGAAUGUGUAAAACCAGCAGGGAAUGUGUGUAAAAAAUGUUUCAUGAUGAAUGUUUUAUACAAGUGACAGGAAGGAAAACAUGUUAUUUUUACUACAUGAAACUGUAUAAUUACGUGACUCAACAUUUGCAGCACGACCUCUGUUAUUGAGUCACUGUCAUCACUAGCUGUAAAAAUACCCUCUAUCAGCAGCCACCCAAUCAUGCUGUAGAGGAGAAACUCUCAAUCUUCUGAUUUAAAUAAAAUAAAAGUAAUUUAACCAUUUUUAACAUCCAACAUGACCAAUUGAUAUAUUUUCUAUUAAUUUAGGAAUCAAACAGCCAUUUUGUCAUAAAAGCAAUUCAUAAUUAAAGAAUUAAAAAUAUACUGUCUUGAGAA